AUGACGAUAAUCAAAAUUCCCUCAUCCACAUCCAAAUGGUCAGAGACUGAGAAAGAGGUUGCUGAAAUCCUUCGUGAUUUAUACCGUGUCUCUUUACUCAGUAGCAUCCCAUUCAGUUGGAGAUGCAGAAGAAAGAGAUCCAUUCCGAAACAGCGCUACCGUCGUGUGAAUGCCGCUGCCGCCGCCGCCGUUCUCCGCCGAGCUAAAGCUACCAGUCCUGCAACGCCUCUUUCGUUUCCGGCUACUGAAUCUGAUGAUAAACUCAAACGUUCCAAGAAGAAAAUUUCUCUCAAAAAGGAAAAAGAAGCAUCGCUUAAAAUUAUUCAAGAUUUGACUAACACCCAAGCUUCAAUCAAUCAAGAGAUAGAGAAAGUGAAGAAUCACUAUGAUCAGCUGAGGAGUUUUAAUUUGAAGUUGAAACUGAGGAAGCAAGAGCUUCUAUGUGGUACUAACACUACUAGUGACCUCAGCAGUAAACUGAAAAGCCCCAAUUUGGAAAUUGGAAAGAAUGAUCGAGCCGUUGGUUUAGUCAACAGUUCAACAAAAUCAACGGUUGAGAAUGAAGAACAUAAGAAGCAGGAGCAACAGCAUCAUCAGAAUCAGAAUAAUGGGCCUUCUUCUUCUGUUGGAUUGGGCCGUAACAGAGGCCCAAUAGAUAUUCCUGAUCUGAAUUUACCAUCGGAAGAUUUUAUCGAGGGGAUCUAUUUUCAACCGUUGGAUGAAAGUACAAGAAAUAGCUGA